AUGGAAGUGAAUCAUUGGAGGAGUAUUGUGAGGUGCAAUUUGUGUGACGAAAUACCCAAAACGGUUCCUUUAUAUCAAUGUCCGUUACAACAUCGAUAUUGCGUAGAAUGCUUUUUAAAUUUACGAAAAAAAUACAGAGGGUACAAUAAAAACGAGGCCACGUGUGUUGUUUGUAAAACUACCGGAAUCUUCACUCAAACUAAAGUCAAUUUGGAUUUUUUGAAUAAAAUUCGAACCAAACCUGGUAUCGGAAGACCUUAUAGAUACGAUCUUAAUCAAAUUGUUAAUAAUCGUCUCGAUUAUCAAAGAUCCGAAUUACCAAAAAGAUUAAACGUAACUUUGGAAACGUUAUUUCGUCUUCCAACCAAAGAACUAAAACUUCUAUUGGGCAAAAAGAACGCUACUGUAUCGAAAGAAUCAUCACCGCGAUGUCAAAAUCCAUCGACUAAUUCGAGUUAUUUAAAAAUCGAUUCGCAACAAUCGAAAACCCCAAUUAAAUGCCCGCACAAACCUUGCAAAAAAAUUAUAGCGACAUCGACUUUUAUAACGCAUUUCAAACACGAUCACAGCGAUAUACCCGCUUACGCUAUAGAAAGAAACAGAGAAUUAUGUGUCACUUUAGACGUUUCGAUCAUAGAACACAACAAUCAUCAUUGUUUGGCCAUGAUCACGGUGUACGAUCGGAAUAACAUCGAUGUGGAAAAGUCGCGAAGUUCGGUGAGCGUUAUUAAGACUUGCGAUAAAUUCAAUCAGUACAUUCCGAUGAAUUCGUUUUGGUUGAUGGCGACCGGAUCUCCGGAACGGAAACGCGAUCUAGCUUCGGUUCUGAUUUGGUUGUUUUGUCCUUGCGGGGAUCGGUACUGCUGCACCAUCGAAUUGUGUUCGAAAUCGGAUUCGAUGGCGUUUUCUACGUUCUGCGAAGUACACGCCACCGCUCAUAAUUUGGAGUUCGAUGAUAUAGCUGGUAAAUUGCAUGGGUUGUUGAUAUGUAGGGCUUCGAUAGCUGCUUUAUUAGAAGAAGGACCUCAAUUAAAUUUAAGGAUAACCAUACAUUGAUCGUGGAAAUUUUUAGUUGUAAUUUUUUUUA